GCUGUUGGCUCCAGAGACAGAGCGGCCACCAGCAGAGAGAAAGGAAGGGGAGCAUAAUGAGACCAGAACCCUGUUCUAGCUGUCCUUCCACAACGUCUUAGCGCUGCACGCCAACUUUUAGUUGCGAGUCCUCAGAUCUUUGGAUCUUUUAUAGUCCAUUUCCAACAUGAGCGGGGAGGACUGGACCCUGCUGGACCGCUUGUUCUCCGCUCCGGUCUGCAACGGCUGGAGCAACGACACAGAGGGUGCCAUCUACCACCUGGGCAACACCAUGCUCUUCCUGGGCUACAUGGGGGGCAGCGGGGCCUACGGCUGCCUCUUCAUCUUCGGCUUCCUCACCCCCUCCUUCCUGUGCCUGACCCUGUGGGGCUGGCUGACCGUGUGCGGCCUGGACGUCGCCACCUGGAACCUGCUCCUGCUGCUGGCCUGCCUGGGCCAGAUCUGCCACCUCCUGUACCGCCUGCACCAGGAGGGCCUCCCCGGCGAGGAGAUGAACGCCCUCUACCAGGACGUCUACCUGCCGCUGGGCGUGCCCGUCCAGGUCUUUAAGGAGAUAGCGGCCGCCUUCGAGAACAAGGUGCUGGAGAUGAAGGCUGGGGAGACGUACGCCGUGGAAGGCAAGACGCCCAUCGAGCAGCUUUCCUUCUUGCUGUCUGGGAGGAUCAACGUAUCUCUGGAGGGUCAGUUCCUGCACUACAUCCACCCGCACCAGUUCCUGGACUCCCCCGAGUGGGAGUCUCUGAGGCCCAACGAGGAGGGAAAGUUCCAGGUCACACUGACAGCAGAGGAAGACUCCCGCUACAUUUCCUGGCGCCGCCGCCGCCUCUUCUCGCUGCUCUCCAAGGAGCGCUACGUGGCCCGUCUCUUCUCCGUCAUGCUGGGCUUCGACAUCGCAGAGAAGCUCUACAACCUCAACAACAAGCUCUACAUCAAGAGCGGCGUGCUGCUGGACAUCCGCCUGCCCAGCCUCUACCACGUGCUGGCGCCCUCCUCGCAGAGCAGCGACGACGGCGGCGGCCCCCCAAAAGAGCCUCAGGGUCAAGCACCGGCCCCGCAGAGGUGGGAACUCGACCAGUCUCACCCUUCCCAGCCACGGCCCCAGGGACAAGAGAAGACCUCCGUGGACGAACCCCCCCAACAGGAGCACCUCCAGAACCCGUGGGUGUCGGACCCCGAGAUGCCCUCCGGUGAGGACUCCACCAGCCUGGUCCUGGAGGACUUUGCUGAUGUGGCGGGCUCCCUAAUGGACUAUGGCAGUGAGAGGGAUUAUUUGCGGUAAAGGGGCUGGGUUCUGGAGCUAACACACUGGGUCACCACUUAAGCUACAUGGGGCGGCAGCGACAGGACUCGGGCUCCUCGCUUCCAGAGGAGCGUCCGGGCGCCGCUAGCUCCGACCGACACGCCCAAACUGUGACUUCAUCGAUGAAGGUGUUCCAGCCAUGUCUCCUUUCCUUCAAACGACUUCAACAUUUGGACCACAGCUUACUUUUCUUGGUGGGACUCUGUUUUCCUCGUAGUGUCGUGGCUUUUAUUAGACAGUUUGUAGAAAUAAUCAUGCUAACAUUCUGGUUCCACACAAACACCUUGUACAAUGUGACAUUUCUACCCCAGGGGGCCAACGUUUGUACAUAAAGCGGACUACUUCCUGUCACAUGACCACUUUCAUAGGUUUUCAUAGAUUUGUUCAGACGGCACGUCUUUCAGAACAGGAAGUCCUUUGGCAAUAAAAGCAUGAAAAGACGAAGCUAAAGUAUAAAGGUACUUAAAGUACAACGGUAUUAAAGUAUAAAGAAGGACAAGGAAGAAGUUUUAAGAUAAGUCAAAAUAAGUGAAGAAAGCAAACAAGUACAAGUGUGAAGUGUUUGUACUUCUAUUUGAUCCAUGAAUGUAUUGUCCAAAGUACCACCAGCCAGCCCAAUGUAGGAUUAGAAGUGGAAUCAAGUUUCACUUCUUGGCCCAGACACCAGGUAUGAAAUGGGUGCUCCUGUAUUUGCAUACAGUAAUUCAAGAUUCAAGCCAGCAUGUCGUCUUGGAAGUACUGGUACAGAAGAUCCACCGUAAAAACAAUAGACCCCACUUUGGCUAACAUUAGCUAAAUAUGCGUCACGCAUGUGGAAGUAUAUUAGUAUAGAUGAAGGACAAUGUACAGCAUGAUGAUGAUGAUGAUGAAGAAGAAAUAUUAA